UAUUAUAUAAUUCACGAUAUAUAUAUAGUUGUAUAGCUUUAUACAGUCAUAUAUAUAACUAACCUAACCCAGCCUAAUGUAAUCCAACCCAACCUAUACAUUCAUAGUUUACAGUGCAAUUAUAAGAAUUUUUGAAAAAUUAUGUAGAAUCAUUAAGGUGCCCUCAUCAGUCACCGCUGUGUGUACCGGCUAGGUACGGCAUUGGCAGCAAGCUGUGACGUCAACUGACGCAUGCGCAUAAAGCUCUCGCGUGAGAUAAAAUCUCACGACUGCCUUAGACUGUACUAAAGGGGCAUCUACUGAAGUUAGCCGAGUUGCGUAAAACAAGAAUAGCCUUUUACGAAACGGUGUUCAAUGAUUUGAAAAGAGAUAAUCGAUAACAGAAUGUCGAACUUCAAAUAAGUCGAUUCUUCGAAUCGAUGAUUUGCGUUGUGAAAGCAGUAUGUUUAAAAUGUAGUGUACACGUGUGAUUGUGUAGUUUGCAAAUUAUAUGAAAAAUAUAACUUACGCGAAUAGUAGGAAAGCUGAAAUGGCUAAUACAAGCUUAAAUAGUAGUGCUCCACAGAUACAAAUAAGAUUUAUUACGAAACAAGAACAAUAUGCUGUACCAGAUUUCCCUCUAUCUGUUCACACGUCUAUCGUAUCGAGUGAACUGAAUACUCUUGUAAAUGAACUACUGAAAGAAUCUACUGAUAUCAAAAAUGACAUAGAAUUUGAUUUUUUGAUAUGCUCUCAAUUUCUACGUGGUUCAUUAUCCGAGCACAUAGCAGAGAAAAAUAUUUCUACAGAAGAGGUGAUAAAUGUUGAAUAUGUUGAGAAAUAUCCUCCACCAGAACCUCAGGACUGUCUUAUACAUGAUGAUUGGGUGGCUGCAGUGGACGUGUGUGAAAAAUGGAUACUGACAGGUUGCUAUGAUAAUACAUUACAUAUUUGGACAUCAAAAGGAAAACAUCAUCUUGUAAUUCCUGGACAUACAUCACCUAUCAAAGCAGUUGCAUGGAUCUCUUUGAAUAAUGACACUGCCAGUUUUGUUAGCGCUUCGCAGGAUCAAACAGCUAUAAUAUGGGACUGGAAUAUUGUAGAAAAUUCAGUAGAUUGUAUACAUAUAUGCAGAGGACAUGAACGUGGCCUCGAGGCUGUCAGUGUGAACUAUGACAAAACAACAAUAGCAACUGGAGCAUGGGACACAAUGCUAAAAAUCUGGUCUACAUCUAAUCAAGAUGAAAAUGAAGAUGGUGAAUCUACUUCGAAAAGAUUGAAGUCGGAACACGGUAAAACAAGGGUACCUAAAAGAACUAUGAAAGGGCACAAAGAAGCCAUUAGCAGUGUCGUAUGGUCAGAUAAAACGGAACUUAUAACGGCUUCGUGGGAUCAUACGAUAAAACUAUGGGAUUCAGAAUUGGGAGGGAUUAAACAUGAACUUGCUGGCAAUAAAAGUUUCUUUGACCUUGAUUAUUCUCUAUUAAGCCGUGCCAUUAUAGCAGCGUCCGCCGAUAGACACAUCAGAUUAUAUGAUCCGAGAUCUACAGAGGGAACGCUUGUAAAAUCAGUAUUCACUUCCCACACCCAAUGGGUGCAAUCCGUGAGAUGGUCUCCCGUGGACGAAAAUCUUUUUAUUUCAGGAGCAUACGAUAACGACAUGAAACUUUGGGAUACCAGAAGUCCUAAGGCACCGUUAUUCGACCUUUCCGGACACGAAGACAAAGUGUUAUGUUGCAACUGGUCGAAUCCAAAAUUCAUGGUAUCCGGAGGCGCGGAUAAUACUGUAAGAAUAUUCAAGUCAAAAUCCGUUGUUCGUUAAUAAUAAAGUAGUACCUUACACAAAAUUUUGAACUACAAUACCACAAAGUCUCAUAUAUAGUGCAAAUUAAUAACAAUAGGCCUUUUUAAAUUAUUUUAAUAUUUAUUAUACUCUAAAUCAAACAAUGUAAUCGUCUAAAUGAAAUUCAAUAUAUCGACGUCGUUAAACAUAUCGAUCACAAAUUCCACGUGUUCACCGUAAAAUAAUCGAAACGAACAAUCUUAUUCUUAACUGCAACAACAUAUUUGAAAUAAACUUGAAUCGAAACGACGUAUAUAAAGCAACAACAAGUAUUUUCGUACGAAUAAAAAACACAUGUACAAAAACGAAAAAGGAAAACAUACGGUCCUAGCGAAAAAAUAUUUCAUCGUCUAUGAAAAAUCUUUGAACGUGAAAUCAAAAUUCGCACUUUUUAUUUCAAUGAGUUUCUUCUUAUGAUGUGUCUCUUUUUUUCUCUUUAAUUUUACCCUCGUAUUUUACAUUAUUAUAAAACCACCACUUAAUUGACAAAAGAGGAGAUCUAGUAAAUCGUUCGUACAUUGCCAGCACCUCGAUUCAUUUUUACCAUUUCCUAUUUCUCUUUUUUUUAAGGACUUCGAAUUAUUUUUAUUGCGCAUAAAUCAAAGCGUUUACUCAAAAUAGUACAAAUCGCAUUAGCGGUAAGGUGUUAAAAGUACUAUAAGAAAAAGACUCGUUACGUUCUACCGUAUUGCCAGAAUUGAACAAUGGCAUGUCAAUUGUUCAUGUGUGGACUCGUUACCUCGCAAGAAACAAUUCUACCGUCGGUUAAUAUAGAGGCGGACGCUGGAUGUAUUACACGAUAUAUUAGGAUAAUGUGGGGGGCUUAUCGUUCUAAUAUUUUACUUACAAAGGACAAUGUCGUUUCAGUCUAUUGCACAUGCUGUACCUCUACACAUUAGUGAAUAGUAUAAUUGUCGUUCACUGUUGUUCAAUGGAGAAAAACAUGACUUUUUUAUUUUUGUUUCAUCAUUUUAAUUCAUUAAGCUCUCUUUCAGCCCUAAAGGAUAUCAAGAAACGUCGCAGGGGCUUUGCUUCAACGUUGAAAAAGACAUUUACAAUAGUUCUGCUACUUGAUUCGACAGAAGGCAUAAGUGUUUUUCUUUUAGGUGUUUCUGGAAUACGUGUAAAUACAGCCACUGAUUUUCUUCUUUUGUACGAGAGUAAGUUUAUUUUACAGACUUUUACAGUUCAUUUGUUCCUUUGUCUCGCAGAUGUUGUUGUUGUUGCCCUCGAACAAAAGGAAAAAAGGAGAAAUGAAAAUAAUCGAUUGGAAAACAUUACGCAUUGCAACGAAAUCGUCCAACUCAUACGUAAGAGUAGCAAGAAAGAUAUCGAAGAAAUCAUAAUACAAUUUGGGGAUUCACUCUUGGUGUAUCAGAACCGAGGAAAGGAAAAAGAAAGUGAUUCGAAUAAAUCCCCAAAACAGAUCGUUUAUUGAUCAAAAAUAAGGGACGAUAAUAAUUAAGAAUUUGAUUCUUUCACUUUGAAUAUACCAAACCAUACUUGUAAGUAACUCUAAAAACUGUUCGGUGCACGCUCCCCCAUACAAAGUGUAGAAGAGUGACGUUUCAGAGCGUGCACACGCAGUGUGCAGUUUACAGUAACAGUGUGUCUUCUGCAGUCUGUGUCAUGUAAUAGGCAGAUGGUUUUUUUUUUAAAGUACGCAUUAUUUAAAUUAUGCAUACACCUACACACCACAUGCUCAGCUCGCACUUUCUCUCUCUCACUCUCUCACUCUCUCUCACAUUUUAUUUUCACUUUCUCUCACGUUCUCGUUCUUUUUUUUGUGUUUUUUUUUUUAUCAUUUUGCCAUUUUGCAUUUCUUCGUUUAUCUUUUUCUUUUCUUUUCUCGCUUUUUCUCUUUUUUUUCGUUUGUUUCUUUAGAAGACCCUAUCUAACCCCCACAUUAUCUCACACAAAGACUAGCGUUUUUAAACGAUCCAAAAUAAACUAAGGGCACUUUUAGUGGCGUAUGCCCUGUGUUCUUAUUUCGAGAUUUUUUUUCUUUCAUGAAAAAUCUAAUUCUGACCGUUGUUAAACUUUGUUGGUUUUUCCCUUUUUUUUGUUGUUUAUUACAGCACCUAUCGACUUCUAAGAGUCCCUAUUUCUUAACUAGCUAUGACACACUUGCCUUAAUCUAAAAAAAGUUCAUUACGUGCUAUGCCUCGCCAUCUUAAUGUAUUCGAACCUAUGUGUUCAUUUUUUUUCUUUUUUCUCCUUCAAUGUUAAUUCUCGUACGAUUGCGAGCUAACUUAAUGCUUCGACAUUAUUCUCUCUCUCUCUCUUUCUCUCUCGCAUUCUCUCCCCCAUUCUCAUCUUCUCUUUCUUUCUCUCUGAUUUACGAAACUCUGUUUUCAUAUUCAGAUUGGUCGCCCACCGCAUAACAAUAUAUCCUGGAGAGAAGAAACCAAAAUUAAUCAGACUGUAUGGUAUUUCGUUUUGGAGAAUUACAUAUGUUUUCGUCGAUAUCUUGUAACGCGAAGAGAUUCAAACGCGACGAAGAACAUGAGGAGAAAGAACAAAAAAAAAAA